AUGAAGUUCGAUGAUUUUUUAACCAAUAUUGGUGAGUUUGGCACUUACCAGAAAAAGAUUUAUUUAUUGAUCUGCAUACCCGUUUUAAGCGUUGGCAUCCAGGUAGUUGCGGCUGUAUUCAUUUUGGCUAUUCCAGAACAUAGAUGCCGUAUUCCCGCUUGGAGCAAUGACACUUAUGACGUGCAGAAUGAAAAACACGAACGUUUCAUUAACAUGUCCAUUCCGCACACAGCGACUUUUUCAGCUCGCAUUUUCUGGCAUUGUGUCUGCCUGCCUUUUUAUUAUUUCUUUUCUUUUUUUAUUUCACUUUCUUUUUAUUUCUCUUUUUCUUUCUAUUUCUUUUACACCCUUUCUAUCUUUUUUUCUUUUCUUUUUUUUUGUUCUCUUUGUUCUUUUUUGCACAUUCUUUCUUUCUUUUCCCUCUAUACACUUUUUCUUUAUUCUCUUUUUUAUUUCCUUUUUUCUUUCUUGUUUUCUUUCUUGUCUUUCUCUUUUUUUUCUUAUCCUUUUCAUUUUUUCUCUGUUCUAUUUUUUUCUUCUUUUUUCUCUUCCCUUAUUUGCUCUUUUUCUGUAUUCUUUCCUUUUUUUCUUUUUUAUUUUCUCUUUCUUUUUUUGUCUAUUCUCACACCUUCUUCCUCUUUACUUUUUUUUUCUAAAUUGUUUCUUCUUUUGUGUCUAUUCUCUUUUCCUUUUCUUCCUUUUCAUUCUUUUUUUCCUGUUUCAUCUCUUUCUUUUUCUCUUUUUUCUCUAUUCUUUUCCUUUUUCUUCUUAUUUACACGUAUUCUUUAUUAUUUUUCCUAUUUUUUCUUUUUUACACCUUUUCUUAUUCUCUUUUCUCCCCCCCGCUUAUUCUUUUCUUCUGUUCCUUUUUUGAAUCUCUCCUCCUUUUCCAAGUUUGUCUACUCAUAA